AUGAGCUCGCAACCCGCCACGGCAGGAAACGGGUCCACUAUCAAAUUCCACAAACCCCCUCGCCCUCCACGCAAGGGCACGACGGCAUUGCCUCCCAUCCCGGCUUCGCCUCAGCAUCCGCCCCCCUCUGCCAAUUCUUCUUCUCCCGCUCCCAUUCCUUCACUUGCCACAUCCGCCCCCACGAUUUCCUCCGCUGUUCCUCCAACGCCGGCUUCGCCUCCCGUUGCAGCUGACGAGGGCAGCAGCCCCAUCUCUUCACCGCCCUCUCUUGAAUCUCCUCCUUCUAGCCCCGCCAUCAUGGGUGAGCGGUCACUCGUAAACAAAUUUCUCAUUCCGAACAAUCCAUCCCAAUCGCAACAAAAGCGCUUCUCGCUCGGCCUACAGCGCCAACCCGCCAAGGACAAGGAGAAAGACGCCAGGAAUCGAUCGUCCCCCUCUAGCAGCCCCUCUCCCCUUUCCCCUUCUUCCGCUUCUACAUCUUCGCUCUCUGUCCCCGUCUCUCACAUCUCGGCGUCGUCGCCCGUGGUGCUGGGGCUGAGCGAGGCGCUCAUCAACGCUUCGCUCUCGACGAGCCCCUCCGUCCGGACGCCGCUCUACAGCAGCGCGGCCAAGCUCGCGCGAGAGGACUCUAUCUCGGAAAUGCUGGCCGACUCGUCGGACCCGUUCCUGCUCAAGGUCAUCCCCGUCUUCAAGAAGCUGGCGGGCGCCAACAAGCAGCUCAUCGUCAUCUCCAAGUCCGCCUCGCGCACGGUCGAGGCCCGGCCUAAGAAGGACGAGGCCUCGGCGCGGGCCUACACGCUCAACAAUCAGCUGGUGCUGGCGCAGGAGAAUCUCAACAAGGCCAACGAGGACUUCCUGGAGCGCCUCCGCGAGACCGCCCGCGAUCAGUCGCCGGCGUCGCUGGUGGAGCUCCUCAACAUGGCGGCCGCCGUGGCCAGCUCGACGUCGUUCCUCGUUAACUGCUGCAAGGCCGUCACCAUCGAGCUCGCGGGCCGCGACCUCUUCAAGCAGGUGCUGCAGGCCACGCGCACCGUGCGCGAUGCCCUCACCCUCGCCAUCGACAGCAUCAAGGACGGCAUUCCGCCGCCGCAACUCAUCGCGCACCUGCCCGAGGCCGAGAAAAAGUUGCAGGCCGCCGUCACCACCGUCAAGCAGUCCACCAUGCAGCUCGUCACCGCUCAGGCCACCAUCGUCGGCGACAAUUUUGUUUCCGCUGCACGUAAGCAGGAAAUCCUCGGAGCGGUACGAGCGGCUGUGGCGGCAUCGACAAAACUGCUGUGGCUGCGCGAGUCGGGCGAAGGCGAGGAAAUCGUGAAUGCGGCCAAGGUGACGGCGGUAACGGUGAGCCAACUGUCGGCUGCGGUGUUGGAGGCGGCCAACGACGAUCUCAUACUUGCCUACGAGAACUUCCGACAACUCUUCACCGACUCCGUGGCGGCGCUCAAGGAGGCCCUCGCCAACUACAUCGAAGAGACCAAGAGCAUCUUCUCCGAGAAGGAGCGCGCCGCCAAGUCCUCGCCCGUCUUUGAGAAGCUGCGCGCGGCCAUCCUCCAGCUCGUCGCCACCACCGACCUCCUCUCGUGCGUGGGACUCGCCAACCUCGGUUCCAAGUCCCCUGUCGUCGCCGACGAGAACAUCGCCUUUGCCCGCAAGGUUAUGGACGAGGUGUCCCUCCCGCCUCCACCCGAGUCUCCCGCACGCGAGGAGGCUGAAAACAACAAGGAUAAUGGGGAGGCCAACGUCAAUAUUUGGAAAGAGCCUGCGGACAGUCCGGCCAAUAUCAUCCUCAACGAGCAGGGGCGACUUCGCGCCGCCUCGCUGAACAAGCUCAUUGAAAAGCUCACCUCGCCUGCCGCUCCCGACAUGCGCAUGGUGAAGACGUUCAUCACAACCUACCGUUCCUUCUGUACGCCGGGGCAAAUCAUCACCAAGCUCCUGCAGCGGUUCGACGUGCCCGCCCACCUCACCGCCGAAGAACUUCCCGUUCAGCUGCGAGUCUGCAACGUGUUGCGACUCUGGUCCGAGGCGCACAUUGAUGAAUGUUCUCCAGAGGAGCUUGCGAUGUUGGAGAACUUUGUGGAGACCAAGCUCCGCAAUAGCCAAGGAUACUCUAAAUACGGAGAAAAGAUCAGCGAACUCAUUAGCAAGAGACACAACCCCAACACACAAGAAAUCGUCCAGCAGGGACUCAUCGAAAUGAAGAUCGAACCCAAGAUUCCCCUGUCCCCGGCUCGACUCUUGUCCGUGUUCGACGAAAUUCAAGUAGCGCGACAGCUCACGUUGGUCGACUUUGACAUCUAUUCGACCAUCAAGGCGUGGAACAAGCCGAAGCUGAAGUACCGGUCGCCCAACGUGCUUAGGCUCAUUGGAAGGUCUACCGCCAUUUCCAUGUGGGUCGCCUCAUGCGUCCUGUGGCAGCCAACACUCAAAGAGCGCAUCCGCGUGCUCACCAAACUCAUCAACAUCGCUGAUCACCUCCGAAAGAUGAACAACUUCAACUCGCUAAUGGCUCUGAUCGCUGGUCUCAACACUGCUCCCAUCUAUCGGCUCAAGCACACACGCGAGGGCCUGUCGCCCCAAACCAUCAAGACUUUCCAAUCCCUGGAGCAGCUCAUGUCCAACAACCAGUCCUUCCUGAACUAUCGGACGGCCCUGCACAGCGUCGACCCUCCCUGUAUCCCUUUCCUAGGUGUUUAUUUGACGGACUUGACCUUCUCCGACGACGCCAACCCGGACGAGAUCAACGGGCUUGUCAACUUCGGCAAGUGGGAGCUCAUGUACAACAUCAUCGCGGAAAUUCAACAAUAUCAACAAAUCGCCUACAACUUCGAGUACGUGGAUCACAUCGCGUCCUUCCUACGAGAGCUGCCGCAGAACAACGACAGAGACAUGUUCGAUCUCUCCAAGGCCUUCGAACCCAAAGGUGCCGCCAAGACGGACAUUGCAUAG